AAACUUCAUAAGCUCUAUAAUCAGAGUCAUAAUGUUCCAACUUGUUCAUACCCAAAUAACAUAUUCUUCUAUGCUUCACGGGUUUCAAUUUAUACUUAAUACCUUUGAAAAAAAAACACACACCAGGAACGGCCUCCAUCGCAGUAGUUUAGAGAAGUAGAUGCCGCGGCUUCUUUCUAAUAAAAAAGUUCUAACCCUGAGAAAGAGAAGGGAGAGAGAGCGGGCGACGCUUCCUCAUCGGCGGGUGGACAUCGUUCUUCUCCGGUGAGCCAAACUGGACAGAGCAAAGUUCUGCCCUAACAGUGAGGAACAUGGGCAUUAAUAGUGGCAGUUCAGCAGAUGUAGAGAUACUUUGUGGCAUGUGCAGUUGUACACACUCUCCAACCUUUGAGAAACCUGAAUAGAACAAAUGCAGAGUGGUGAUUAUGGAAUGUGAGCGACCAAUAUUGUUGAUGUUGCUUUUGAAUAUUGUACAAUUUAUGUUGACACUUAAUGGCAACUAGAGAUCUGCUUUCUAUAUGCUAUAUUUUACAUAAUAUAUGCAAUAUCAUUCUGCAUCUAUACAUCUGACAAUGUAUGCUGCUUUAUGUUGUACACUAAUUUUCUUUUGAAAAAUUUUAUUUCUGUGUAAUGGUUAAUUUAUUUAGAUUGUUAAUGCAAGUUUUUUUUUUUAUAUAGUAUCAAGUAGUUCCAUUUAGGUUUUUUGGCAGGCUGUGAAUAUAUAAAGCAGUGACCAUGUCUUCGUCGUAUCUACCAGCAACCACUGAUUCAGUUGCUCAGGCUUUGGAGGCCAAGAAUCCUUCUGAUGCCAUCUCCAUCUUUUACCGCAUACUGGACAGCCCUUCAUCUUCUUCUGAAACCCUUCGCAUAAAGGAACAAGCUAUCUCAAAUCUCUCGGAUCUUCUUCGACAAGAGAACAGGGCUGAGGAUCUUCGAAGCCUUUUGACCCAAUUGAGACCCUAUUUUUCCUUGAUUCCUAAGGCUAAAACUGCAAAAAUUGUCCGUGGGAUUAUUGAUGCAGUAGCUAAAAUACCAGGAACAUCUGAUCUUCAGAUUUCCCUUUGCAAAGAAAUGGUCCAGUGGACUCGCGCUGAAAAGCGAACCUUCCUGCGGCAACGAGUGGAAGCAAGGCUUGCAGCCCUCUUGAUGGAAAACAAGGAGUAUACAGAAGCAUUAACCCUUCUUUCAGGCCUAAUCAAAGAGGUAAGAAGAUUAGAUGACAAGCUGCUGCUGGUGGACAUUGACUUGCUGGAGAGUAAGCUACACUUCUCUCUCAGAAACCUUCCUAAAGCCAAGGCUGCUCUGACAGCUGCAAGAACAGCAGCGAAUGCUAUUUAUGUUCCUCCAGCCCAGCAAGGCACUAUAGAUUUGCAGAGUGGGAUUCUCCAUGCUGAGGAGAAAGAUUAUAAAACUGCUUACAGCUAUUUCUUCGAAGCAUUUGAAGCUUUCAAUGCUCUCGACGAUCCUCGAGCAGUCUUUAGCCUCAAGUAUAUGCUGUUGUGCAAAAUCAUGGUGAGCCAGGCUGAUGAUGUAGCAGGAAUAAUAUCGUCCAAAGCAGGACUCCAGUAUGUUGGACCAGAACUGGAUGCUAUGAAAGCAGUUGCUGAUGCCCAUUCUAAACGCUCCCUGAAGCUAUUUGAGACCGCCCUUCGCAAUUUCAGAGCUCAGCUAGAGGAAGACCCCAUCGUUCACAGGCACCUUUCUUCCUUAUAUGAUACUCUGUUGGAGCAAAACCUGUGCAGGUUGAUUGAGCCUUUCUCAAGAGUAGAGAUCGGUCAUAUUGCUGAACUGAUUGAACUGCCUGUGGAUCACGUGGAGAAGAAAUUGUCGCAGAUGAUUCUGGACAAGAAGUUUGCUGGGACGCUAGACCAAGGCGCUGGAUGCCUUAUCAUUUUCGACGAUCCGAAAGCAGAUGGGAUCUACCCAGCAACGUUGGAAACCAUUUCCAAUGUUGGCAAGGUUGUGGACAGCCUUUAUGUAAGGUCUGCCAAGAUAAUGGUCUGAGGUUUAGGUGCUUGGAUGCAGCUUUGUGGUUGCUAUUUUCCCUUUUCCCCUCCGGAUCCCAUUUCCAAUGUUGGCAAGGUUGUGGACAGCCUUUAUGUAAGGUCUGCCAAGAUAAUGGUCUGAGGUUUAGGUGCUUGGAUGCAGCUUUGUGGUUGCUAUUUUCCCUUUUCCCCUCCGGAUCAAUUUAGCGCUUCCUCGUUUUUGGAAUGCACGUCUCUGGAUGAAGUUGUGUGCAAAAUUGUUUUGGGUCUGUUUAGUUUUGAAAAAUAAUUUCUUUUUUUCCCUUUUCCCCUCCGGAUCAAUUUAGCGCUUCCUCGUUUUUGGAA